GGCUGUGUUUCACGGGCGAGCUCGCUGCGUAUGUAUGCGUGUCUCCAGCUAGGCCAGGGAGUGAUGGCGGCGCCCGUCCUGAGAGUGUCCACCCCUCGGUGGGAAAGAAUAGCCAGGCUGCUCGUGUGCCUGCUCGGCAUCUUCCUGUCUCUUUAUGCUUUUCACGUCGAGAGGGAAAAAGCUCGGGAUUCGAGUUACACGGCAAUGUGCGACAUCAGCAGCUCCAUCAGCUGUUCGAAAGUGUUCAGCUCAAGGUGGGGUCGAGGUUUUGGUCUCUUGGGCUCAAUUUUUGGAAAUGACAGUGCACUGAACCAACCCAACAGUGUCUAUGGGAUUGCUUUUUAUGCCUUUCAGCUCCUACUAGGAAUGACUGUCAGUGCAAUGGCCGCCCUUAUUCUCAUGACGACAUCCAUCUUGUCGGUGGUGGGUUCACUCUACCUGGGCUACAUCCUCUACUUUGUCCUAAAGGACUACUGCGUCAUCUGCAUCACCACAUAUGCGCUGAACUUCAUUCUCUUUAUUCUCAACUACAAGCGACUAGUUUACUUGAAUGAGGCCUGGAAGCAGCAGCUUCAGGCCAAGCAGGACUAAGCUGUCAAGAACGGCAAGGAAAAAUACAACAAACAAAACACCAACAACAACAAAAAAGAAAUGACCUCUGAACAUUUGACUUGCCACCAGGAGACCUUGCUUCCAAAUGAUGUUUAUUCUGCUGUGUGUUCAAAAAAAAAAAAAUGAAGAAAUAUAACUUAAAUGUUGGGCCUGACAUCUCAGUGUUGAUUGCAAACAUGGAAGGAUUUGUAAGUGAAAACGGAUUUUCAUUUUUAACGUGUUUUACCUUGUUUAACAUUGUACUCACUUGAGGAUGGGGCUAGCUCUACGUGUGUGUGUGUGUGUGUGUGUGUGUCUGUGUGAGAGAGAGUGAGUGCGUGCGCAUAUGUGGGGAAACACAAUAACAUGAGCAAGCAGAGUCAAGAGGGCCACAACACAGAAUGAUGGUGGACAUUUCUCUUUUGAACAAAAAGGAUCGCAGCAUGGAAGAAAAAAUGGGACAUUAAAAAGUGGUUUACUUGAAAUGGUUAGUAAGGUCCUUAAUUAAUGACUGCACAGCAGAUCUGCACUAAACCUGGAAUGGAGUAAUGUGUCCCAAAAUUAGAUAAACACUUGUUAAGGUGAUCAUACAGUUUGCAGAUAAGGUUCUAUGGCAGGGUGGGCUGGCAAACAUUUAUACAGAAUCGUGUUUUUUUCCCCCCCUCCUCAUGUUUACACUUUGUUGAACAUUUCUUUUUGAGAAGGACCACUAAACUGAACAUGGGACAAUGUGAGAUAUUGUGUGUAGAUCAGUCAGAUUGUUUGUUUUUGCAAUUCUGUAAAUACUGCUGAGCAAUAUUUUAAGCUAGGUUGUGAUUUAGUGUUGACUCAAACUUAAAUGGGGAAAAAAAAGACAACAACUAACUGAACAGAAGAUAACAUGAGUAAAUCUGAGUAAAAACCCAACACAAUUAAUAAUCCCAGGGCAACAGUUUCUUCAGAGUCUAAAGAUGUGUUCGGGACACCGAGUCCUCUAAUCCUGGUCAGGCAUGCAGUUCAGAGUCGUGUGGAUUUCUUUGUUGUAAGUGGUUACUGUUUCAUCUCGCACCACUUGACACUAAUCUUUUAAACGGAACUAUCAGUUUUUCCUCAAGUUAGCAUAAAAAGCACCCUCCUCAUUUUUAGUCAUUGUUGUGAAGAGCAUUCCUGACCACCACACACGUGGAAUCCAUAAAGACUUAUGUGCCUAAAGGAAUGUUAAGGUGAAUUAUUAUUUUUUUUUUUUUUUUAAAUGUUUCGAUUGAGUACACACCAGUUUUACCUGUUGCAGGUGCAAGGCUUUAUCUUUUCACAGUUUUGUAAAAAAUUAAGAUACCAGUCACGUGUUUCUCCCUCCCCGAGUCUCAUUACGUAGCAAAGGCUACUACACUGUGACUGUGCUCAAGAGUAGAGUGGCCUGGUGGCAGAAACAUCUCUUAAUUUUUCUUUUGUUCACUGUCCAGGUCUGUAUACAUUUGAUGUCAAUUGAACAGUAGCGGUGAUCUUGCCAAGCUGAGUUACAGUUCAUUUGCAGGACUUAAAUAAAACUUGGAAACCUUUUUUUUUUUUUAUGAUUUGCUGACAGCAAUUACGGAAGUGGCACAUGGCAGAGGAUUCUUUAAGAAAACAAAGUGGUUUUGUUGAGCCAUAUGUGGGAUUUGUUUUUCCUCCAGUAGGACAGGCUGCUGAUGUUUUUGUCUCACUGAAGCUUCUCAUUAAGUGGUUGAUUUAACGAACAGUAGCGAGGUUUAAACCGAUGGAUUAUGAGAAAAAGCAAGCGCAGCUUGUUGUAUUGUCAUUUUAGUGACACAAUAGGACCACAGUCUUUUUUUCCCAUCCAGAAUCCACUGAAGUAUCAAGUUAACAGUUACAGUAUAUCCUGGCGGACAAUCUUCCACACGCUGUCCUUGAUCUUUAACAGUCGUAGUAAUAACUGUACUGUAACAUUGUGAUGUGGUGUUGAACCGGCUUGUUGACUAAGUUUUCACCGUCUCCUUUCUAACCCUUAACCCUUUUUGUUUUAAUAGAAUUCAAGUUCUCCUAGACUCUUGUGUUGUAGGGCGAAGGUUGUCAGUGGUCAGGAAAGUCAUUUCAGUGACAUGCUUCCUGUGAUAACUUAUGAAGUCAUCAGUUGUAAAUGGAAAUCGAGGUAAUGUUUUUUUUUUUGUUUUAUUUAUCUAGCUAUUUCAAACUGUGCAUCUGUUUUUGCAUGUUGUGACCAAUUUACUACACAUUGUAUGUAUGAUCGGUUGUUUCAUCACACUUUUCCAAAGCAGUAUGUGACUGUAAUUGAGUUUUUCAGGCAGAGAGUUUUUUCCGUUCGUUUCACAAUUAGCAUCGGACUUUAAGGGACGCCACACCUCCCUGUCCACUCUUUGUCAGCUCACUGUCAUACAUUUGAUUAAUGUGACACCAUUUGAAUGGCAGUUAUAAAUGGCAGCCACAACUAAACUUAACAGCAGCCCAGUCAGACAAACAAACCCUGGCUCUACCUUUAUGUCCUUCGUGUUCUUGAAAUGUCCAAUCUUUGAAACGCUUGUUUCAUGCUGCACAGAAAUGAAUGUGAGCCAGUAUCUGCUUGAAAAGAGAGACUCAUUUCACACUGAUUUGCUUUGGAAACCUUGUGCACAUGAUUAGUGGCAAGGUUGUCAUUGUCGUUUCUUGCACAGUAUUGUGUAUGCAGACUUACCAUCAGGUACUUUUUCCAUCUAAACUAAAGAAUUAGAUUCCACUGUCUUUGUCCUUUUUCCUGGGGAAAUUAUGCGCACUUAUAAAAGAAGGAUAAGGAUUCACUUGCACAAGUCUUUAAUGUGGAGGAGUCAAACUGACAUUACUUCCUAGUUUUUUUUUGUUGUUGUUUUUUGGGCAGCAACUGGAUGCUGUGAGAAUCAACCGUAGUACUGACAAGUGUAGGCUGGGUAGCCUGUUACGUCAGUGGUUCCAGUCAUAUGCAAAGCUAUUACACUAAGAUGUGUGCAGUUACUUUAAAGGAAUUUGGAUGUUAAAUGUUUGAAAAAAGAAAAAAUCUUUUGCUGGUAAAAGGAUUGCUUAAUUCUUAAUGUUGCGUCAUCAUGAAAUGUCAAAAAAGGUCAAGAUAGGCGAUGCUGCAUUUUCAUGAAACAUAUGUUUGGGGCCCUGAGGUAUAACUGCCAGGUUAGUUGCAUCACCAAUGCCAAUAAAAGUGCCUUUUGUCUGAUCACUAGGCCUUGAGCCAAAGACGAGCAACAGUAACAGCCUUGUAAAACAAAGAAUGGUAACUUAAACGGGCACUUCUGCUUGCCUUCCUUAAAAUGUAAUCUGAUGAAUUGGUAAUUCCCAAAGAUCAAUAUCCAGUGUCGGUGCAAAAGUUUUUUUCCCCCCUUCCUGAACUCCACCAUAUAAUUGCCAUCUUCCUUUCUUUUUUUCUAGCUAGGUCAUGUUUUGUUAGCUGCGAAUCCUCUACACGAUUGUCAGUUUCUCUUUCCGUCAUCGAUUAUGCCCUUUAGCUGUCUAGACUGUUAACAUUCUGCGUCAUUUUAAUAAAAAACAAAAGGUUGAGGGGGUGGAGGGCUUGGAAUCCAUGUGUCAGCAUAAAAUGUUAAUUCAAUUUCUUUCUGGAGGAAUACUUUGUGGGUUUGCUUCUGUAUUGCCAAAUAUGUUUUGAAAUGCUGUAUUUUCUUACAUGGAAAAGUGUUACAUGAAUGGUAGGAGGGUGCAGGGGAGAAAGUAAUCUGUUCAAAUCCACCUUAUCUUCAAGGGAAAAACUGUGGAAAAGGGUUGACAUGAGUACAUUUUAAAUUGUUUGAUUGUCAUGUGGAAAUGAUCUACCAUUAAAACAUUCCCUCUGAAAA